CCAAGUUCAUUCAAUAACUUCAGUAAACUGUUUUGGUUACAUAUAUCUAAAGUUUAUACUUGUUCUGCUUUUAAUAACUAAUAUUAAUUGCAUUGCAUUUAACGCCAGCACAUGACAAGGACGCCAGUGAUAAGUUUACUAAAAGUAGUUCACUACAAUUGUAGUCACCAAAAAUUCACAAGGAAAACACUAAGCAGCUUCUCAAAAACAGUCUUGCAAACGACCGCCUCAAGUUCAAAUAUGUCAUUGAACGAAGCAAAACGCAUUGCCGCUCACCGCGCCGUCGACGAGUGGGUAAAGACAAAUACCGUCAUAGGUAUUGGCAGUGGUUCAACCGUGGUAUUUGCUGUGGAACGCCUUGCUGAACGAGUGCAAAAAGAAGGUUUGAAGGUGACAUGUGUGCCUACCAGCUUUCAAGCACGCCAGCUCAUUGUGGAAAAUAAUUUGGUACUCGGUGAUUUAGACCGCAAUCCUAAACUUGCAGUAGCAAUUGAUGGUGCAGAUGAAGUGGAUCGGAAUAUGGUACUUAUAAAAGGUGGUGGCGGUUGUUUAUUGCAGGAAAAAAUUGUAGCAUCAUGCGCGGAAAAGUUGAUAAUAAUAGCAGAUUAUACAAAAAAUUCAGAACAUUUGGGUGAACAGUACAAAAAGGGCAUACCCAUUGAAGUAGUGCCAAUGGCGUAUGUGCCGAUAAAAGAGCGCAUUGCUGCUAAAUAUGGCGGAGAACUCAAACUUCGCAUGGCAGUGGCUAAGGCCGGACCUUGCGUAACGGACAAUGGCAAUUUCAUACUCGAUUGGCAUUUCAAGCAAAAUUGCGACUGUGACUGGGCAAAGGUUAACAGCGAAUUGCUGCAAAUACCGGGAGUAGUCGAAACGGGAUUAUUUGUGAAUAUGGCAACAAAAGCUUAUUUCGGCAUGAAUGAUGGUAGCGUUAAGACACAGGAUAAAUAAUUUACUUAAUGUAUGAAUGAACAAUCUAAACACUCAGGAUAAAAUUUGCGAAUUUAGAAGAUAUUAUGGAUGUACUUAGUUUUUAAAUUUUUAUGUUCCUAAAUUUUUUACAUUUCUUGACACAUAAGCGAAAAUAAAAUACAAAACG